AUGGCAAGCAAAAUCCUAGUUCGUGCCGGAGAUGAUAAGACCACUACUAAUGGUCUGUUGGCUGCGUUGGAGUAUCGCAGCACACCCGACCAACGUAGUGCACAUUUUGAGGAUAUUUACUCCAAUUACGCACUUCUAAAGGCACAGGCGGACGAGUUACAGCUGACAAAGAGAAAAAUUGACUCUGAAUUAUUUCAGAGUAAUCACGACAGGAUCGGCGAACUGCUUUUUGAGCCGAUUGAAGUUGACCAAACCGAUUGGGGUGACUGGGAUACCUGGAAAAAGGUGGAGACAGUGGUUCGAAAAUUUGUCUAUGGGCAAUCACCUAAUGUAACAAAAAAACCCGAUGUACUGGAGUCUAUGAAAAAAAAUACAGCACUUCUCAAUGAUGUAAAUAAAGACCAAGCGGAGCGAAUCCGCCUAAUGGAGAGUUCUAUGCUGGAGUUACAAAGCGAAAUAGGUGGAUUAAGGAAUUUGUUGCAAUUAAAAGAGCGGAACGCUCAAAGUUUUGCCAGCAAAAACCGCAUGCUCGUUCUUCAGGUGCGACAAAAGCAACGCGAAGUUAAUGAAUUAGGAGGUAAGAACACCGAUGAGAAGGAAUUGGUUAGGGACUUUAAACUUGUCAUCGAUGCCAACAAGCGCCUUGAAAAGGAAAACAUGGAACUCAGGGCCAAAUUGAACGUCAGGAAUGCCUUCCUGGGCAUCUCCAUCAAUGAGAAAGAGGUUAAGGCGAACCGGAAAGAAUUAAGUUGGCCACAGCGGCACUCGGUGGGUUUUAAUUCUAACAAACCUUCCCCUACUCGCGAUGCGCAAAAAGAUAAACAGGUUGACCUCAUAUUACAGGAUGAUACGCAGCGGUUAAGGUACUUAUUCAACGAGACUCCGAUCUCUGCGAUCUGGACAACACUGAAUCGACGCGUCCAGGCGUGGAUGCAACGUCUUGAAGGUGAAGUCAAUAGUACUAUGGCGAUGCUGGAUCAUGACGCUAAUCUGACCCCCUUUUGUGACGAAACUGGCGGUCUUCGCUUUGAAAGGGAUGAUGACGCGUUUCUUCUUCCAUCUCCUGGCGUUUUUACCCUAUACCGCGGAUACAACAAAAACUGCAAUGCUUUAGAUGAGAUCAAGGCACAUCUUCCAGUUAGUGUUUCGUGUGCACCGCGCGACGACUUUCCUUAUUCGACACCAACCACUGCAUCCGGGACUAUUAAACUCUCUUCCUUACCCCGCGAGCCAUCCAACACGACUGCUAUUUCUUCCACACGCAGCGGUUUGGUUGGCGCUCAAGUCGAUCCGAAGGCUGGCAAAACUGUGUUGAAGCGGAAAAAGAAGAGAAAAGAUGCGCAUGCGGAAUCUACUCUUUCGUUAUCCCAUCGCAGUGCGGAUGGGAAAGCGCCAUCAGAGGCAUCCAUCAAACCGAAGAAAAAUGCGCGUGCCAGCAAAGAGGGCGAUACCGGGAGCAUCGCAUCACCCACCCCCGUCCCACACAACCCUAGUGAUAAUAGCAAAGCCAGCGCCAAGACCGAACCUGUGCAGGCGAGCAACCGGGUGUGGGCAACUUUGUCGAAAGGCAUAUUAACCAUGGCGCAACUUUCACGGGCUGAAUGCCUUAAGAGAGAGUACCUUCACAUCUCCCGUCUCCGAAAGAAGUUGCUGCUUGAGCAAAAACGCAAAGCAGCAGUCGCAGUGAUGAGUGUGGCAGACUCCUUGGAUUUCAGUCCCACGCUUACAUCCUCUAACAUAGCCACGCAUGCACACCCAGCGCUACAGCAACGGCUAACUAACCCUAAAUUCUCAGAACCGUUAGAGCUUGCCAUGACAGCUUCCGAUAAAUUUACUAACUCUUCUCACAUGCAAAACCCGGAAGAUCCCAAACAAGAUAAAAUUUCUUUCCAUCAUAAAUCCAUAUCACCUUCCAAGAGGCGAUCUCUUCGUCACGGCGCCAAUCUGUCUAGUGCCGCAGUUCCCCUUAUGAGCGUUACUUCUACUACAGAGCCUAAUGCGCCGCGGUUGUUCACACAAGAGGUGGGUGCUUCCACUUCAUCGAAUAGCGUAUCGGGUGACUGUUCGGUAACUUUGUCCGACAAAUCUUUUGAGCAGUUUGUAUCGAGCCCGGCAGGCCAAUCGGUUACUCUCUAUGAGGACUCUCCCAAAGGCAAUCGGAUGCGUUCUGUCUGUAUGGAAACUUCGUCUGAGCAACCUUUCAGGCAACGUCUACCAAACUCUCCAGGCAAAUCGGCUACCUCCUCGGGUAAUUAUACUAAAGUCAAGGGAAUACGCGCUAUCAGUUUGGAAGCUUCGUCCGAACAACCUCUUGAGCAGUUUUUAUCAAGCUCUACCGGCAAAUUCAUCACCCAUCAAAGCAUUUGUGAAGCACCAUCCAUGGCAUCUCAAUCAUCUUUCAAUGCUCCAGCUCACCACAGUAAAGUUACUAUUGCCUACACCCAAGGCGACAAGAAUCGUCGACGCACUCAAAGGGAACAGCCUGGGGAAGUUACGAUUUCAAAGCAAAUGGGUAGUGAGACUGUACCGACGAGCCUAAAUCUCCUUCAGUGCUUUCGUUCGAAUAGUCAAGCGAUUCGCCAAGAUCUUUCAACCCUUACUCAGUCCUUUUAUAAGCUUUGUUCCGAAACACAAGAAUCAUUGAGUAACCUUCAGUUAGCUUUAGGCAGCAUAUUCCGCAUGAUGGAAUUCAAAGUCGAUGAGAACCUUAUCCCAGCAGGGGAGGUUGACACCGUGUUUGAACAAAUCAGCAAGAGGGCUCUAAAAGACCUUUCUCAGGAGCGUGUCUUGACCAUCUUGUCGGCGCACGGCUUUCAAUUAGAGCCGAAGGAAAUAACAAAUGAUAUGAGCGACCACGAUUGGUUGAUGCAACAGAUGCGACUUGCGGUUGUGAAUGCUGCCGAGGACUUCGUCACGCCCUCCAAAGAGGUGAAAAUCAACCCAUUGUCGUAUGACACUGAAGGUUCUGCAGAGAUCCCCUCUACCAAACCACCACAAACCCGUCCGAACUUCACGAGGUCUAAAUCAAUUUCGGGUCCUAAACCAGUGGAGUCUCGACCCCAGAAGCAACCCACUCCGUCACGAGUACAGGGUCCCUCGGUUGGAUCCAACACGUCACGCAUCCUUGAGGAUGUCAUUGCCAAUUCAAACUUUAUAACCGAUGUAAUGCAUCCCCAUGUAAUGACACCUUCACCUCAGCGGGUUCAUUUCUAUGGUGAUGAGGAGGAGGAGGAGGAGGAGGAAGGUAAAGAGGAAGUGGAAGAGGAGGACCAACGCGAGUUUAAAUUUCGAGAGUAUGAAACCACUACCAAUAUGGCAAGCCCUCGAUAUCAUCGUUCUAGGAUCCCUAGCCUCACUCUUGAAGAAUGCCGAGCUGCUGGACUAUUUUUAAAGGGGCGUCCCAUGUUUAAGGAAACUCAUUGGCAUCCUGUUUUACAGUGCGGGUUUGAAGGUAGAAGGCAUUUCAUGAACCAAAAGUCGCCGGUGGAUCCCCCGUAUAAAUCGGUAGGAUACUCUGCUUUAAAAAUUCUGCAGUUCUUAAGGCAUCUUCAAUCAAUGAGCAAUCGGAGGUCUAUUGAAAAAAUACAGCCAUUAGUGUAUUCCUAUCGGCUUGGUACUACUACUAGCAAUGAACAACAGCAGGCUCAGGAGCGCUUUGCGCUUUCUGUCCAAUCUAUAUUUGGUAAUACAUUUAAAGAAUUUGUGGAAAAUAACCUUUUGAGCAUUGUCUCCGCAGCUCAUUCUUUCGGAAGCGGAUGCCACGUGGACCAUUCAUUGCUUCUUGCGAUUCAUCAACUACGUAAACAAGAAGAGGCUCGGCGGCAGCGAUCGGUGCAGCUGUUACUUCGACGUGUCACGACCAAUAUCCGAACCAGACUACUUGCACGCAAAUAUGCUUACAGUGGCAACGCCUUUUACCUAUAUAUAAUGAUAUUAUAUGCUCGCUGGCGAGCAGAUCAUGAAAAAGCGCGUGCAGCCAUCAAGUUGGAUACAAAAAAAAAUUGGAAACAACUGCUGAAACUGGUAGCUAACUAUAAAGGGGCAAACAUCAAAAGCACCAGUAAAAACAACAACUUACACCUGCCUUCUAUCCCAAAUACUUAUUCGAGAUCUCUUGGACCAAGUAGUAGUCACUUUGAUAUUGCAAAUCCCCAAACGAACUAUUUUAAUGUUAAACGCUAA